UCCGUAUGUUGAAAAUGUGAGAAAGUAUCAAAAUCUGACUUUCACUUCUUUUAAAAUAAAAAAAAUCGUCUGCCAAAAAUCCCAAAGUCUUCUGCUUGCACCAAGGCUUCUCCUUAUCUCAUCCCAAACAUUUCGGUUUCCUUUACGUUGGUGACUGCUUUUGGCCAUAUGGAAGCUUUGACACCUCUCUAUGGCAUUAUAAUCCUAUGUACUCUAUACCACAUAUACCACUUGGGAACAUCUUCCCCCUUCUGUCUCUCAUAUCGUUUGGGACUUAGUGGAGAAAUUUUUGUCUGAGACAAUUUUAGGAAAAGUAAAAAUUGGUUUGAUAAAUGGUUCUUUUUUUUUUUUAUAAAAAAAACAGGUUCACACAAACAUGUUUUUACCUUCACUUUUAUUUAAGCCAAAUAUAGCCAUUGCUUUCGUGAGUAGGAAGAAACAAUGAUCAAAUUGGCUUAUUUUUUCUCUGGCCGUGAGCUAAAAAAAAUAGGAACAAACAAUGAUCACAUUGGCCAUUGUAAAGCAAUUCGAUUGUUGUUUUUUUUAGUAUCAAAGCCGUUGAGUUUUAUGUUUUUGUCUGGGACUAUGUACAUUACAAUUUUUUUUUUCAUGCAAAUCAUCUGUUGUUUUUUUUUCUACCUUACAAUUGUACCCUCAUAUGAUGGCAAAAGUUAAAGUGAAAUUUUAUUCUACAAACAACGAAUUGUCUUUGUCCGUAGGGGUCAUGGCGAAUCCAAGUUGGGGGAACUAUGGAAGUCCAGACGACAUUGCAAGGGGGGCGUUCGACUUUGGUAAUUUUAAGAGGUUAUUGGAAACUGGAGUUUACCCGGAAAAUUAUCUCAUCUUUAACUCUGGGAACGGAGGGAAUGAGCUUCCCAACUUUAAUUAUCCAAGAGCGCAUCAACAAUCGAACGAGAUAUACCAAAAUAGCGAGGGCUUUGGAAACAUGCCAUGGGUGAACAGGUUUGCCACUACCGGGCAAGGUGAUGCAGGACCGAGUGACAAUGGUCCACGUGUUCAACAAAUAGUGGAGGAGUACAAUUCUUUGCCUCACUUGUAUGCCAAUUCUGACUUCCGGCAAAGUCACAACGGUACAUGCCAUGGAACUGAGGCCCAGGCCGGAUAUGACAAUUGGGAGUGGAUGAACAACAACAAUGGAACUUCCGGUUCAAGUACGAAUGUGUUUGACGAAGACGCUGACUCUGAGUAUUCAAUCCCGGCCGACGAGUUUUAUGCCGAAAUUGCAGAGGACGAAUUGUUGGUUGACAUGUUGACCAUAGCGUUGUUGCAUGCCAUACAAAUCCUACGUAGGCCGCAGAGCCUACCAUUCCACACAUGCCCCUUGUCAGGUAAAGCUUAUUUGCAUGAACUAAUGACUAGUCGUGAUGAGAGAUUUCAACUUGAGCUUUGCAUGCCCAAAGACACUUUUGCAAAAAUAGUCCAAGAACUUCAAGGAAUGUAUGGUUGGAGUUCUUCUCGAAUGAAAAAUGAUGGAGUUGAUUGCUUCGAGAGUUUUGCAAUGUUCAUGCAUCUAUUGAGGGGUCACUCAAACCGGAGAACACGGGAGAGGUUUCAGCACUCGGGGGAUACUGUGAGCAGACAUGUGCAUAAGAUAUUGGCGUGCAUGAGGAGAGGUUUCACUGCUGAUAAGUUAAAGCCAACGCGACAUCAACAUGAGACUCACGAGUACUUAGAUAGACGCGACUUCUAUAAACCAUUCAAGGGAAAUUGUAUUGGUGCUAUAGAUGGGACCCAUGUUAUGAUACGAUGCAAGAAGAAGGAAGAUGAGAAGAGGUUCUUUUCACAGAAGGGUUAUGCCACCCAAAAUAUAAUGGCCGUAUGUGAUUUUGACCUUACUUUCGUGUUUACAUCAGCUGGAUGGGAGGGGAUCUAUCAUGAUUAUAGCAUAUUCAAGCGGUGUGUCUUGAAUCCAAGAUAUCGUUUCCCUAAACCAGAACCAUGAAAAUACUACCUAGUGGAUGCUGGUUAUCCCAACAGGCCGGGCUUUCUUGCUCCAUACAAAGGGUUUAGGUACCACCAGGCUGAAUUUAGAAGGGGCCAGCGACAACCUCGCGAUGAUAGAGAGCACUUCAAUAGGGCACACUCAUCGCUGAGGAGUAUCAUUGAAAGGACAUUUGGCGUUUGGAAAAAUAGGUUUGGUUUCUUGGCCCUCAUGCCGUGGUAUGAAAUGUCAACUCAGGUGGACCUUGUGUUGGCGUCGAUGGCAAUUCAUAAUUACAUCCAUAGGGAUAGAGAACCUGAUAACUUCUUCGCUCCUGUAAGCUCGGCGUAUGAGUACGCGUUUGAGGACUUGCCAGAUGAGGACCCGGAGUUGGAGGACAGAUUGGACGACAGGGACGACAUUGUUGACGAAGAUCAUGUUCCAGAAAUGAAUGACGUGAGGAAUGAUAUUAGAAAUGAUAUUAGAAAAGCACUGUGUACACUACGAAGACGUGGUAAUAGAGCUGCAUAACCAACAUUGCGUACGGACGUGGCAAAAUGUGAGUGGCAAUAAACUUGUACUUGGCCUUAGGUUGAUUUGCUGAAACGUUAAUGUGUGUAUGAAAAUUGGUAUGGUGUAUGCGGCAAUUGGGGAGUGGCGUCGGUGGGCUUGUUUUGUUUUAUUUUUUCGCGGGAUUGGUGGGUUUCCCGUUGUCUGUAACAUGGAAAAAUUCAAUUGUAUUCCAAUUAUUGUGUAAGGGCAUUAUAGCCUUCGUGUUGGUAUGAGAAGGACU